GGGCCAGCAGUAACUAAACACUUUAUUUGGGUCCGAGGGGAGCAGGGCAGGCAGGUGACGAGAGGCACCGCAAGUAGUUUUUGGACCCAAAAUAUGACGUGCUUGUUGUUGCUGUUAUUGGGGAGCCCGUGGCAUGGUGUACGUGUACUUGCAACCCUCAAGCGACUUACCUACAACAUCUCGGCCUCAACCUCAACCCACAACUGCAGCAGUGCAGCAGUUACAACACUAAAUAAGGAUAUCAGCAACUUUUGGCCAAUAAUAUGUAACUGAAAAGAUUAAAAAGUCAAUGAAGAGUUAUUAAACACGUUAUGUAAAAGAUUAACUAUUUCGCGUACCUUAUUUUAGAAUUACCAUUUGUCUCCGUCCAAUACUUAACGAAGAAGCCCUUCACAAUUCUACUGCUCUAAGGACAAACUCUUCCACAACAAAAUCGAUGCCCCACUGCCACAUAAUGGUCUAUAUGAGAAUUGUAUUGACCACCUUGGUGACCAUCACAUGCCUGUUGGGCGACAAUUUCGUGGAGCUAACACAGCAUCCAUUGCUAAAGGCCCUGGCCGACAAUGCAACUCAUGCUGCCAUUGGAGCCCUCACGGGCAUAGCUUUUGCCGUGCAAUUCUAUGAGAGGACAAGCCAACUGUUUGGCUGGAUAUUGAUUUUCACCUGCUUUGUUGUGUCAUCGUUCAUUGACUUGGAUCAUUUUGUGGAGGCACGUUCAUUGUACUUGGAAGAUGCCACAAAUCUGUCGCGACGUCCUUUUCUACAUUGCUCGAGCAUCGUGCUAAUUAUGCUAUUCUUCUUUUUAUGCACCGCGUGCCUGAAUUACUUUCGCACCAGCCUGAUGCUGGGUGCUCUACUCUGUGCCUUCAUUACCCAUCACACACGCGAUGCAGUGCGUCGUGGCUAUUGGUUCUGCCCCAUUGGCCACACGGAUCGUAUACCCCAGUUGGCCUAUAUAUUGACAACCAUAUUGACGCCCCAUGUCCUGGGCUAUCUCCAUGCCAUUUGCCGUAGUCCAAUUGUUCUCAAUUUCGUGGGGCAAUAUGUUAAGCUAAGUGAAAGUAAUUAUCGUAGUGGCGGGGGGAUCAACAGUUAUAGAUAUAUGCAGGUAUAAAAUACUCUACAACAAUUAUCAUCAAAUGCUUUACUAGGGCUGCUUUAAGCACAAUUAGCUAUAGUCCUUUUUUUAGGAAAUCAAAUACAACUUACAGGAUUAAAAAACAAUUACAUACAUAAAUAUGUAUAUGUACUUCCACACAAAUUUUAUAAAAAUUCAUGACAGUACCUCUUAGGAUUAUAAUUAUAUUAUAUUAAUAAUAAUUUAACUAAUAGAAUUCAAAAUCAAAUAAUAUCCAAAUUUUGUGAUAUUUUUAAACUUAAGCAAUUUAUAUUAUAGAUUUAGACAAAAACAGAAAAUCCAAAAUCAAGCCCUAACUAACUAGUUUAAAGCAUAGCGCACAACAGCAAGAACAACAACAACAACUAAAUAACUAGUAAAACUAAUCAACAAUCAAUUUUUCAAUACUUCCUAAAUUUAUAGUAGAAAAGAAAUACCAAAAAUAUAAAUGCAAAUUUAUUUAUUUAAGACAAUUUUAAUUCCAUUAAAUGAAUUUAAGAUAUAAUAAAUUAUUCAUAUUUAAUCCAAAUAAAGGCCAAGUAAAUAAAGGAUAAAGGCUUUUUAUAUGA